UUCCGUGCCGAUAGCGCUCUCGCAAGCAUGGUGAACGUUCCUAAAACCCGAAGGACCUUCUGUAAGAAGUGUGGCAAGCAUCAGCCCCACAAAGUGACACAGUACAAGAAGGGCAAGGAUUCUCUCUAUGCCCAGGGAAAGCGGGGGUAUGACAGGAAGCAGAUUGGCUAUGGUGGACAGACUAAGCCAAUUUUCCAGAAAAAGGCUAAAACUACAAAGAAGAUUGUGCUGAGACUUGAAUGUGUUGAGCCCCACUGCAGAUCUAAGAGAAUGUUGGCUAUUAAGAGAUGCAAGCAUUUUGAAGUGGGAGGAGAUAAGAAGAGAAAGGGCCAGGUGAUCCAGUUCAAAGCUUCAUCUUUUAUUACAAAUAAAAUCUUGAGAAUUCUAAAGCUAUUAGGUGAGACAGAGCAGGAAGGAGGAAAUGCAGUGGACAGAGGAGGCUGUCAGAGCCAGCCAAGGAGGGUGAGAACGUCUAUGCGAAGAGGGCUGCCUCUUAGCACCAGGAACCAGUCUGAAGAGGGUGAAAAGUAG